GGCGCACGCACGAGAAAGAUGACCUUCCAAAUCCUAUCAGGGCGCUGGAGAUCACACAACACAAAAGCCCCAAGAUAACCAGUAGAACCAGUCAAAAACACAGCAACAGCACCAGACGCAAAGUCGCGGACUGGUAUACGCUUUAUAAUGUAUUCGUUGACAGUGUUGAUAUUGUAUUUCAGUUGCGUAUUCGGAACGAUGGGUGUAGCAAGGGUAGUGAGGCGCAAUUUGGUUUAUGGACAGACAAUGAACAUGGGAGUUAGGACGGCGAGGUUGAUCAGGAACGAGGCUUGGGCGCUUCACAACCUGCUAGAAGCUCUGAAGCGAACACGACGACAUGCCAGCUCAAACUUCCAGUGCACUUUUGACCUAACGCUCGCCGUGUCUUGAUAUUAACGCAUCGUGACCUGCCGAAGAACAUAUCAUUGUAAGUGAUAAUUUUGGACUUUGUCAGAUGAAAGCUGAAACAGAGCUCCGCCCAGAUGUCUUCACCCAUCGUUGGAAGACAGGAGACCUAGAGGAUAAUGCUU